AUGUUGCCAUGGCUCAAUGAGCUUAAGCCGAGCAAAAAGGCAUUCUUCAAAGACCGACAAAAUUGCGAUGAAAUACAUCCAGUCUGUGGAAACUGCUCCAAGCAUGGUGUUUCCUGCGACUUUGAAGGUCUUCCUAUCGACCUCAACUCACCCAGCGCCAAUACCCCAGCUUUAGUUAGACAAAGCACCGCAGAUUCAAAUGGAGGACCUUCCUCGAUCCAUACCCCUCAAUCGGCCGUGUCUUCUCCUCCAUUGUACGAUACUCCCACUGCUAUGGUUCGGACGAAUUCCCAUCCCGCAGGCUCCCGACUUCUGGAGCUCAAGCUCAUGCAUCAUUUCACCGCGCAAACAGCUGCCACGUUCUCUGAUAUAAAUGAUACCACAGCAGCAUGGCGGGACGAGAUCCCAACCCUAGCCUACGAAUCGCAAUACCUCAUGGAUGCUAUCCUUGCAGUUUCUGCUUUACACAUGCGGUCCUUGAAUCCCAACGACCAGAGUCUGGUCCGCGCGACUCACAGCUAUAUGGCCUCUUCGAUAUCCCAGUAUUCAACUUUGUUGUCCGAAGGCUUGUCCGCUGAGAAUGCCGAGGCUCUGUUCUGUACGGCAGCUUUGAUAGCUUUUCAAGCCUCUGCUUCCAGGUCGGUUGAAAACCCGGAAUCCCAAUAUGUUGUCCCGCUUGCUUGGUUUCAUUCUUUUCAGGGAGUCAAGACUGUGGUAAUGGCUAGCUGGCAAUGGCUUAGGUCGAGCGAGCGUGUGUCACCAAUCAUAAACAGUCAGCCGGCUCUUGCACUCAAUCUGGACGCCAAUCGAAAACUUUUCUUUGCGCCCCUCCUGGAAGGGCUUGAAGAUCAGCUCAAAACAAUACCUGAGAAUCUUGUCGUAUCCACCCGACAAGCAUAUGAACAUGCUGUCGCAUUCCUCAAUUGGGCUUAUCAGAAACCUCUUAGAAAUAGGAUACUGGGAUUUGCAGCUACCGUAUCGCGACGUUUCGUUGACCUGAUUGCGGAGCAUGAUCCACGCGCUCUUGUAAUAAUUUCGUGCUUCUUUGCGCUUACCAAAACUGUCGACGACGUAUGGUGGAUGAAAGGCAUAGCGAAGAGAGAAGUUAACGGCAUAUUCAGCUUGCUACCUGAAGAGUGGUGGCCGAAAAUGGAAUGGCCGAUGAGGAUUGCAAACCAUGAGGGUCCGAUCGAUGAUGAGACAUGGGGGGCACCCAUAAAUGACGUUAAAUCAGAAGACGAAGUUAUUUUUGGAGAUGUGUUUAAUCACAUCGAUGUUUUGACACAGUAUAUUGAGAAAUACGCCCCACCUGGGCCAGUCGACUGA